UUAGCCUGUGUGCACUGGGGGAGAGGAGACCGACCUGUUUGAGGACGUCAGCUUCUCCUCGGCAUCAGUAAUUUGGCCGAGCUGUUUGGCAGCUCCUAGGCAGAACGCGGCGCGCACGCGCGCUGCCUGGGUCGUCGGGGGGCUGUGCUCCUCCUCGCCCGUAUUCCCCUUUCCUCCCAGCGCCAAUCUCGCUACUUUUGACGCGGGUUCGUUUGAGUGUUCAUAGCACAACUUAAUGCAGACCAACGGCUGUACCUCCUGCUCGGGGUCACAGUCAGUCGGUCGCAAGUUCAGGAUUUCAGUUGGUCCGGUGGUUCUGGUUCCAGCCUCUGUGACGGGGUGAUGGGAGGCGAAAACCUCUCGCUUAAUUGCUCGGGAUGGCGAUGCUUUGGGAGCAGGGACGCUCAUUCGGUAGAGGGUGCGAUCAGCCUGACCCUGCCGUGCGAGCAGAAGUCGCCCAUCUUGCCGUGUCCCCCCGAUUUUGCUUCUGCCCGCAGCGGGAUGGGUUUAAAAAAGCCAAACAAAGAACCCCCCAGCAGAAAAGGUGGAUCUUCUGCCUUGGUUCUCCUGGCUGGGAUCGAGGAUCUCCGCUCUUUGCAGGGGAAAUGGCAUCAUUGGUUUACAUUCUUUACCCCACAGCUCCCUGUUCACUGUGCUGUGGGUUUUCUUUAACCCCCCCCCGAAAUUUUAAACAUCUCUGCAGUCAGUAGUUAGCGCACAGCAAACCCGCUCUGACCUUCAGAUGAGCGACGCUGGGUAUCUGAGCUUUAAAAACGUGUGACGGCUUUGGUGUUUGGCAAAGAAGUAUUGGGGAGCCUGAACCUGGGGGUUUCUUUGUUUGCUUUCCUUUCUGUUCUGGAACGGGAGCGUGGGUGCGGGGACUGUUCUCACUCCCGCUUAUUACGGCAGCUUCAACUUGUAUUCUCCGUGGGGAUAGAAGUUGAAUCUGGAAUCUUUCUGCCUCUGCAUGCGUGGUGGUCAGGUGAGGGGCCAUGGUCGUCUCCCAGCAGAAGAUGAACGCUGACCAAAUACCUUCGAACAUUAACCUUGUGUUUUUGUUUGCAGCGGGACCUCUCCUCUUGCAUGCCUGAAUGCUAUGUUACAUACAAACUCCCGAGGGGAAGAGGGCAUUUUCUAUAAGGUCCCGGGGCGCAUGGGAGUGUACACGCUGAAGAAGGAUGUUCCAGAUGGGCUGAAGGAGCUCUCCGACGGCUCGGAGGAGAGCAGCGAUGCCCAGUCCGACUCCCAGAGCUCCGAGAACAGCAGCAGCAGCAGCAGCAGCAGCGACAGGUGCAGUAACAAAGAUGGGAAGAAAAGCAGAUGGAAAAGGAAAGGUUUCCUCUGCCAUCCCCCAGCUCUCCCAGGAAGAUUGCGCCUUUCACUGCUGGCCCCUUUGGAUGCUUUUGGGUACAACGCUGACUAGGAGUGAGCACAGGAUCUCUGAGGUUAAAGCUGGUUAUGGGACCUGACGGGUCCUGUAGGGCUUGGGCUUGAGCCACUGCGCUCUUUUCCUCUGUCCUGUUCUGGGCUCCUUUCCCUCAUAAACCAGGCGGGGUUUGGUUAUUCGAUACUGAUGAACAUGAAAUCAUUUACAGCCUUCGCUAAUGCAGCAAAGUGCUGGUUUUUGCUCCGCUGCUGUAUCUGUAUAUGCUGAGGUCGGAUGGUUCAAGGGUGUUUCGAGGCGGUCUGGUAGAUGCUGGAUUUUCUGCAGGAGUAGCAAGCGGAGGAGAUAGUGGAUUCACUCUCAUUUUGAAUCCUGAUGCUUUUGCUGCUCCGAGGAGGCAAUGCACCUGGCCAGGUACUGCCGCAUCGUGCCAUCUUCGGGAACAGCGGAAACCGGCACCUCUCCGCCAGUCGUAAUAUUUACAUCCUGUAUGAGCAAUAAACUGAAGUUCCCGUCUUGCCUGCCUCUAGUUUCAGCACCCGUUCGUUUGACCAAUGUUGUCUGAAUUCUUUCCUCCUUCGAAAUUCUGCUCAGGUAUCUGCUUAGAUGCUGUGAGCUGAAUUAGUAAGAAAAAGCCGUAAUAAAAUGUGAGGGUGCGACGUAGGUUGUUCUCCAAGCUGGGGAGAGUCUGUUCACUGCGGUGUUGUUAUUCUUGAUGCUAAAAUCAGCGUGCUUCCUAACUCAGAGCUUUGUGAAGGAGCACGAAGCCUCCCCCUUAGGCAGAGGUAGCAGGCUGCAGCUCUGGGUGUCCUGGAGAGCUGUCGAGGCUGUGACCUUACCCUUCAAUCCCAACCUUUCCUUUUUUCCCUUCCUCCUCAGUCAUGCGCAGAAUUUCUUGGCUGAAAUGAAACGUUAUCUCAAGCUUAUUUCCAAUGCAGGAGGACACCUGAGUGGACGCGAGUGGGAGGUUUUCUGUAGUGGUUAAGGACUUGCAACAACCGGCGGGGUCUGGCGAAAGCCUUCCCUCCGUGGGACGCUUUACGGUGGGGAGUCACUGAAUGAGAACGUGCUCUUCCCGUACGGGUGCGGGCGGCUCCCGUGGCCCGGCCCCCCCCUGCAGCUUUCCCUGCAGCCACAGUGCAAAUCACAGAAGUAGGAGUGUUGUGUAGAAUUUUAAGCACUUAAAGUGCAGCGAAAGAGCAAACUGUUCAAAACACUUAGGAGUAAAGCCUGACUCCAAAUGCAGCCUUCGGAAGGACGGCUAAUGAAGGGCUGGCCAAACAUUGUUGUUUCUAACAAAAUAUUUGGUCAGUGCGGGGCUUUUUGGCUGUUUUGCCUACACCUCCAGUGUUAUUAUGUAAAAACCUGCAAGGGAGCUCGCAGAACACGUAUCUUUUAGUGAGAUCUUUAUGUAGAAACACGCGUGUUCAUUUUAUAUGAAAGUUCUAUAUACUGCAUUAUGGAAUGGCUGCAAAGGCGGGAGGGGGUGUGUGGUUUAGGAACCCAAGCAAGAAGGAAAGGGGAUCUGACCCUGAAACAGCUGGCAAAAGGUACCCAGAACUCAAAGGCAGUGCGAGGGUAGGGGUGUCAGUGGAAAUACAAAGAAGGAAUUUUGCUCCCCUCUGCCGUCUGGCACUGAUGGUUUUUCUUAGGAGUGGUGUUUUGACCUUGGGUUGGACUGGAUGGCCUCUAGGGGUCCCUUCCAACCCAAACCAUUCUAUGAUUCAGUGAUAAAGGUCAUCUUUUCGUAGGUUUUAAUGCACUGAGAGUCAUGAAAUUGCAGUGAUUACUAAAUUAGAAACGAUCAGUAAAUGAGAAAAGUAAUUCCAGUCCCUAGUGCUACCGAGUGUUUUCCUUCUGUUCACGUGCCCGCCCUCGAGGACUGUGUUCCUUUGGGUGAGCAACUCGUAAUUAUUAAUGAACGUCCACUUAGUGUCACACCAAGGCGUUGCCAGCCCUGCGGGGGAAUGGCUUUCUCCUGAUGCUUCCCUGUAAGAAGCGUGUGAAAAACAACGGGCUGGUUUGCUAAAGCAGGGAUGGCAUUUCUGGGCAGUGGAUUUUUGGAGCUGCAGAGGCAUGGAGCUGCCUCUGGACUAAGUGGAGCCUUCAGCUGCCUGGAUCUCACCCGCACCGGCAGGGUACGGCGGGAGUGACAACCCGAAGCACGGCCUUUCUGUAUUUACCGCUUGGAUUAAAUCCCGCGAGCUGGCCGGCAGCAUUGCUGCGUCUAUAGGCGAAUCUUUCCCAGUCUGUGCAUGCCACCGACUGCUGCCUGGGAAGGGCAUCCCGCACGUCGGCGCCGCGGGGUCUGUAGUGAACGCAAACAGAGCUGCUCCGCCUCACUGGGUGUUCUUAUCACCUCCAUGCUUCAUUCCUUACAGUUGGACGAGAGCGAGUAGCUGUGGUGGAUCCUCACAAGCCAGCCAGAUGCGGGGUGCAUGCAACACCUCGGUGUUUUACCCUCCCAGGCACUGAUUAACGGAUGAUAGGAUGAGGGGGAAUGGUUUGAC